AUGAUGUCCAUGAACAGCAAGCAGCCUCACUUUGCCAUGCAUCCUACCCUCCCUGAGCACAAGUACCCAUCGCUGCACUCCAGCUCCGAGGCCAUCCGCCGGGCCUGCUUGCCCACGCCGCCGCUGCAGAGCAACCUCUUCGCCAGCCUGGACGAGACGCUGCUGGCGCGGGCCGAGGCGCUGGCGGCCGUGGACAUCGCGGUGUCCCAGGGCAAGAGCCACCCUUUCAAGCCGGACGCCACGUACCACACGAUGAACAGCGUGCCGUGCACGUCCACGUCCACCGUGCCGCUGGCCCACCACCACCACCACCACCAUCACCACCAGGCGCUCGAGCCGGGGGACCUGCUGGACCACAUCUCGUCGCCGUCGCUCGCGCUCAUGGCCGGCGCCGGCGGCGCGGGCGCAGCGGGCGGCGGCGGCGGCGCCCAUGACGGCCCCGGGGGCGGCGGCGGCCCGGGUGGCGGCGGCGGCGGCCCGGGCGGCGGCGGCCCGGGGGGAGGCGGCGGCGGCCCCGGGGGCGGCCCAGGGGGAGGCGGAGGCGGCCCCGGCGGCGGGCUGCUGGGCGGCUCGGCGCACCCGCACCCGCACAUGCACGGCCUGGGCCACCUGUCGCACCCGGCGGCGGCGGCCGCCAUGAACAUGCCGUCUGGGCUGCCGCACCCGGGGCUGGUGGCGGCGGCCGCGCACCACGGCGCGGCGGCGGCGGCAGCGGCGGCGGCGGCCGGGCAGGUGGCGGCGGCGUCGGCGGCGGCGGCGGUGGUGGGCGCGGCGGGCCUGGCGUCCAUCUGCGACUCGGACACGGACCCGCGCGAGCUCGAGGCGUUCGCCGAGCGCUUCAAGCAGCGGCGCAUCAAGCUGGGCGUGACGCAGGCCGACGUGGGCUCGGCGCUGGCCAACCUCAAGAUCCCGGGCGUGGGCUCGCUCAGCCAGAGCACCAUCUGCAGGUUCGAGUCGCUCACGCUGUCGCACAACAACAUGAUCGCGCUCAAGCCCAUCCUGCAGGCGUGGCUGGAGGAGGCCGAGGGCGCGCAGCGCGAGAAAAUGAACAAGCCCGAGCUCUUCAACGGCGGCGAGAAGAAGCGCAAGCGGACUUCCAUCGCCGCGCCCGAGAAGCGCUCCCUCGAGGCCUACUUUGCCGUGCAGCCCCGGCCCUCGUCCGAGAAGAUCGCCGCCAUCGCCGAGAAACUGGACCUCAAAAAGAACGUGGUGCGGGUGUGGUUUUGCAACCAGAGACAGAAGCAGAAGCGGAUGAAAUUCUCCGCCACUUACUGA